AUGAGCUCUGUUCAAAGGAGCCAGAUCAUUCGGGCACCAUCCGAGGAGCCCGUCAACAACGUCAAGUCUCUAUUUCUCGCAGGCACAACCACCGCCGUCGACAAUGUGGACUGGCGCGAAACGUUAUCUGCCUCACUCUCCAUGUACCCGAUAACCAUCUUCAACCCAAACCGCCCAGAUUGGGACAACACAUGGCGUGAGGACAUCACCUUUGACCCGUAUCGGGAACAGGUCUUGUGGGAGCUCGACAAGCAGGACAAGGCUGACCUUGUCGUGGUGUAUUUUCAUCCAGCUACGGUGGCUCCUAUAAGUCUGCUAGAAUUUGGGCUUUCUGCACGGACUCCAGGCAAAGUCGUCGCUGUAGCUCCACAGGGCUAUUCGAAGAGAGGAAACGUGCAAAUUGUUUGUCACAAGUAUGGAAUUGAGUUCCUGGAUAAUAUCGAGAAAUUGCAUGAGACUGUCAUAAAUAAGUUAUCCCUUGAAUAACUAUCCAAUAUUCCCUAGUGCCUAUGAAGGCUAUGAUAACACCGCAACCUCGGCGGGAUCCUUCGCAAACUCUGGGGAACUUUGAGUUAGUUUGCGGGAGCAACAAAGUGUCAAUGAGGGACUUGGUUGUACCAAGACUGGGCGGGAUAUAGUUUAAUAGAUGUAUAUUGUCUCUGAAGA